AGGAUCUGGCGAAGAUGACGGCUGGAUCUUUCUGCCCCCCCGCCCCCACCAAACACACUCCCUUUGGGAUCCGCGUCCUGCUCUGACAUCGCUGUCUCUGCCAAGUGCUCGUCUGCUGUGCCGCUGGAGCCCUGCCAGGCCCCCAAAGCCCCCGGGACCUUGUUCGGCCUCCCAGUCGGCACCGGAUGCAUUGCACAAGAGUCUCCAUUCCCUGCAGAACCCCCCCGGCCGCUGAGAAGCCACGCUGUAAUUCAGAGGAGCAUAAUGAGACCAGAGGCACUUUGGAAAUCAGAAGAUUAGUUCCGGAUUUGAGAAUGAGCCGGUCGGCAGGAAUCCCGAGGGCGGAUUUCUCACAGCUGGAUGCCGGCAGACGGGACAGAUCUGAACGACAAGAGCGAGCGUGGUGGGGGUCCCACCGCCAGAGACGACAGCUGCGCUCGCAUGCUGGAAGACCAGGCCAGUGGACGGGCGCACGUGUGUGAGCAUGGACCCGGUUCAAAAAGCCAUAAUAAAUCACACGUUCGGACUUCCCCCGCCCCCGAAGAGAAAACCCAUCGUGGUGUGCAGCGUGUGCCGACUGAAAUUUAACUCUGAGAGUCAGGCUUCGGCCCACUACAAGGGCACUAAACAUGCCAAGAAGCUGAAAGCCCUGGAGGCCCCAAGCAGCAAGCAGAAGGUUGUGGACACGGUCGCCAGGGAGACGUCCAACAAGGAGUCGCUGAGGAGCUCGUCCCCGGCUCCCCCGCCCAGCAGCACUGAAAGCACAGAGGGCGCUGAUAGGCCAGCGUCACCAAUGCCACCCGCCGUGGCCAGAGGGGUGCUGCCAUCCGGCGCUGGCACGAAAGUGGCAAGGGUCACGGAGGACACAGAAUGCCCCGCCCCACCUGCUGCCAGCCCCCCCUCUGAGGCUGAUGCGGAGUCGGAGACGGAGGAGGAGAAAGCCAAGAGGCUCCUCUACUGCUCCCUCUGCAAGGUGGCAGUGAACUCCCAGUCCCAGCUGGAGGCGCACAACAGUGGUACGAAACACAAGACAAUGCUGGAGGCCAGGUGCGGCGGGGGGUCCAUCAAGUCCUUCCCCAGGCCGGGGCUCAAAAGCAAGCUGGCGUCGCCCACCAAGACCGCCACGGGUCUGCAGAACAAGACAUUCCACUGUGAGAUCUGUGACGUCCACGUCAACUCGGAGACGCAGCUCAAACAGCACAUCAGCAGCAGGCGACACAAAGACCGGGCGGCAGGGAAGCCAGCCAAGCCGAAGUACAGUCCCUACAGCAAGCCCCAGCGAGGGCCUGCCGCACAGACGGUUCGGUUAUCGCUGAGGAAGGGGCUGGAGCUGGGGAAGCCACUCACGGCGAGGCUGUUACCGAGCCACCUGGCCGCAGCUGCCGCAGCCGCCGCCACACUACCAGCCUUCUCGCUUCGCUCAGCCCCAGCGGCGGCCCUCUUUCAAGCACAGCCCCUCCCCCAGCCGCUCCUCCGCCCCGCCCCCGGGCCCAUCCGGACUGCACACGGACCUGUGCUGUUUGCGCCCUACUGACCCAGGCCUCCUCAUCCAGAACUGUGGGCCAUACCCUUCUGAGUCAGGUCUGACCCCCCUCCCAAACUCUGCGUCCCCCUCUGUAUCCUUCGCACAUCUGAGCCGUUACCCCCCCCACCCCCGGAUCGGGCCACUCUCCAGGACGUGUGUGCCACCUAGUACUGCAAUAAUGUAAAGACUAAACCAGAAGCUAUGCAGUGUUGUUUCAGUCUGGCACAAAGAUUUAUGGGAUGGAAUCGCCACCCUGCAUGGUGUUUCUGAAGACGAUUCCUGAUGUGGUUAGAGAUGGCAGAAGCUGAUCACAGUAACAGCAGGACACAGACCAGAGUGAUGCCUGUUCCAGACUGACCUGUGCCGUCUACUUGUGUCUCUAAAUGCAACACAUUUGGAAAUAAAGUCUUACUUUGUUAACGUC